AUGGUGCGGCCGCCGGCACAAACUCCUCCAAAAUCCCAUCUCACGUUAGGCCUGGAAAUCAAGUUUUAUGCUGCCAUCAAGUCUUCUACUUUUAAUCGUACCAUGCCCAACGAGUGUAUUGUAACCCUGCUAGGCGAACGGCUUCGACGAGUUCGACUUUCUGGCCCCGAGGGCUAUGGCUCGAUGUUCAAGGUUGUUUUAGCCUCUAAGGAUCUCUCAGACGAGGAUAGGCUCGUGGAUUAUUCUCGAUGGAACUUGACUACAGACGCCACGGCGCGACCCCAGAACCCGGCUUGGUUUAGAGACUAUGAAGGCCAAGCCAUAGAAGUCAUAUCCCCUCCAUAUUGGGCACGCACUGCGCACUGGGAAAACGAUAUUCAACGGAUAUUUUCCUCCAGAAUAGGCCAAUUUAAUCCAAUUUCGGCAAGCGAGCUACGCCUGUAUUAUGAACUGAACAAUACCACCAGCUUCCACGUACACAUUGGCAAUGGUGUUGAUCCCGAUUCCUCCUUUCCAUUCCGCACGGUACGAAACUUGGCAAUGAUUUUAUUGGUGUAUGAGCCAACAAUAGACAGACUGCUUGAUGCUAGGUUAUAUGCACCUCCUAACCUCGUCAGCACGUAUGACCACUCCCAGGAGCCCCCAAACCUACCAGCACGGUCCUCAAGGAGAGUCUUAGCACGCCACCUCUUUAACACAUGCACAGACAUCCGAUCGGUGAUCCGAGCGAUGAGUCCCUUACCACCUGAUGAAACAUUGACUCCAGAUUGUCCGUGGUAUUAUAAGUUCAACUUCAAUCCCUUGCUUGAUUCACUAGAUGUGCCGCAGCCAGUUAUUACUACACCGGAUACUAUGAAGAAUGGGGAGAAUUCUAAAGCAGUUACCGAGCCAACUUCACUCAUUCUCCCAUCUGAACCACUGCCUCAACCCAAACUAAAUCCAAUGGCCAAACGAAAACCCCCAACUAUUGAAUUUCGACAGCAGAUUGGCACAAUGGACCCUGAUACCAUGGUCCACUGGGUUAGGUUUUUGACAGCUUUAGUGGAGUUUUCUAGCAAACUUACAGAUCAGGCGGUAAUUGAGUUUCUUGGGCUGGAAGACAUCGACAUCGAUUAUUCUCUUAGCGAUGACGGGCCGGUGUCAAACGAUGAAGAACAACAAACACCCUUUGUUACUAUCAGUACACCUACAGACCCAAUCGCCUCUCUAUCAGCUUUCGCCAUACUCACUAGUAUGCAACCCGUUGGAUCCCUCGCACGACUGCUCACCGCUAUGGACUCCACAAACAUAGAACUUGACUCCGAAACCACACGCUAUUGGAGGCGUAAAGUUUCACUAUAA